AUGCAUCCUUAUCUUUUCUCACCAAAUCUUUUAUCUUUUUUCAAGAUAAUGACAGUGCAAAUUGCAGAAAAUAUAAACCCCGAGGUGCUCCGGGUGUUCAUAGUCAGACAUGGCCAGACAGACCACAACGUGCAGAAAAUCCUUCAGGGUCACCUAGACAUCGAUAUCAACGAUACUGGUAGAGAACAAGCACAGUUAGUUGCGAACACUUUCGAAAACAUCAAGAUUGAUUAUUUGGUUUCUUCAGACUUGAUUCGGUGUCAGAACACUAUCAAGCCGUUUCUUUCCCACCACGAAGUUGAACCAAAGAUUACCAGCAACUUGAGAGAACGAGACAUGGGUGAAGUUCAAGGCAUGUAUUUGAAAGAUGCUAGAGAGAAGUAUGGAGAUAAUUUCCGAAAUAUGGGAGAACAACCCGAACAGUUUAUCAGCCGGGUAGAACAGGAAUGGAACUUGAUACUCAAGCAGCAGCAAUGCUUGAAUGUAGCUGUUUGCACCCACGGAGGUGUAAUUACAACUUUUGUCAAUUACUUACAUGAUAAAAAAGGCUAUUCAUUGGGUGAGGGUUUGACCCGAGAAAAGCUAAAAGUACCUUAUAACACAUCAGUAACUGUUAUAGAUAUCAACAAGGGGACAAAAAACGGAAAGAUACAGAUAUUUGGCAAUACUGACCAUUUAGGUGCCCAAUUUGAGGUAAAGGAGCAAGCGUUACGGUGA